AUGCCAACUUUACUUGAAAAAGGCGAAGGACUGGCUGAAACUCAUGUGUUUCUCGAAGAUAUUCAACAGGUUUUAUCACGAAAAUUUGGUGCGAAUGCGAAAUUGGAUGGCAGCACAAAAUAUACGGUGAUUGGUGAUGGAAAUGGAUUUUUGAGCAAAGUUUUGUUGAUUGAGCCAAAUUGGAAUGAAGAGGGAUUGCCGAAAAAGUGAGUUGGGGCCAGAAUAGAUGUGUGAGGUCUCGCAGCGAAUUCUUUUUUUUAAAUCUACAGUACUUUCAUAAAGUUUCAAAAUUUGAUCUACUAUAAUACAGUAAUAUUCCCUGAAAAAACUCUAAAAACUUCCAAAUUUUCACCUAGAGUAUUACUGUAGGUUCUGUAGUUACUGUAAAUUUUUUGGAACAAUCUUCUCUGGAAAAAACUUGGGGAGUUGUAGCUUCUGAAGUUUUUCUGAAAUUGUAGUUUAUUUUUUUCACAAUUUUUCUCUUCCAGAUUUGUUCUCAAAAUUGCCUCAGCUGUUCACAUCGCCUCAAUCAGUGAAAAAAUGAAAGAAACUGGAAUGGUUUUCCCGCCAGAAAUCGAGAAAAAAAUGUGGGAAAAAUUCGAAAAUGAAUCAAAACAUUUCCACAAUCGAGAAGUUCAUGUUUAUCAAAUAUUCGAAAAAUGGAACAUCCCAAAUAUUUUACUGAAUCCAAAAGUGUAUUUCAGUCAAGAAUUUGAUGAAGAAAAUACAUUGAAAGGUUUUAUUGGAAUGGAAUUUGCUGAAAAUGCUGAAAUUCGUCAUAUUUAUUGCAAUGUUGAGCCAGAAAGUUUGUAUCCGGUAAGAAAAUUUGAUGAUUUGGGGAGAGGGAGGGAAGGGUGAUGAAAUUGUUAAAGGCCUGACUGAUAACGAAAUUCUUGAGAGUAUCAAACAACACUCAUUUUGAAGGCAAAAUUAGACAUCUCUUCGGAAUUUUGAAUAAUAGUUUCAAUAGAUCAAAACACGAUUUCUGGGUGACGUAGAUCAUCGAUCUUAGCUGGAAAUUCACUGUGAGACCUCGACAGAUCAAAAAGUAUUCAUAAAGUUUCAAAAAUAAUUUCAAAAUUCAACAAAUUCUUUACAGGUUCUCAAAUCAAUCGCAAAUUUCCAAGUGAAAUCUCUUACAAUUUCGGAAUCUGAUCGAGAAUCAAUUUCGGGUUUCAAUUAUAAAGAAAUGAUGAAAGAAACUCAAAAUGAUGAGACUUUGAAAGGAAUGUUUUUGGGUGUCAAAAAUAUCGAUGAAAAAAGAUUGGCUGAAAAAUGCGAGAAAUUGGCGGAAAUUGGAAGUGCGUUGCUUGAUCUCGAAUUGCCAGAACAUUUGAAUGAGAUUGAAGGUAAGGUUCGAGUGGAGCAAGGACAAACUUCAUGAUUCACUAUGACGUAGAGUUCUGAAAGGAGAAUUCAAAAAAAGAAUUCUACUUUCCUACAGUAACCCUAAUCAUUUAAUCUUCAGGAAUCAAACAAGAUGUAAUGGUACACGGUGAUUUAUGGGCUGCAAAUAUAAUUUGGCGAAAAACUGGGGAAAAUGAAUAUGAAGUGAAUAAAUUGCUCGAUUAUCAAUUGGUUCAUUUCGGAAAUCCAGCUGAAGAUCUUGUUCGACUAUUUCUUUCAACACUUUCUGGAAAAGAUUUCAAUGAAAAUUGGGAAAAAUUGGUGGAGAAGUUCUAUGAGUAUUUCUUGGAAGCUUUCAAUUCUGAAAAUCAUGGCACUUCUGAAAUCCCGUUUAGCUUGAAACAAUUGAAAUCCUCAUUUGAUCGAUUUUUCUUGCUGGCUGCAUUUUUCAUGUUACCAAUGUUUGGACCAAUUGCUCAGACUAAACUAGCAAAAGUAGGAAAUGAUGAUAUAAAUGAAGAUGAGAGAUUGAAGAUUAAAGAAAUUUUGGCGGAAAAAUCGGAUGUUUUGUUGGAUAAUAUGAUUAAACAUUAUGAAAUGUAUAAAACUAUCUAA